AUGGCUCCACCAAGAACAGCAAUUAUACUCUACUCCCUUUAUCACCAUAUCUAUGAAUUGGGUGUAGCUCAAAGAGCAGGUGUUUUAAAAGCAGGUGGUCAAGCUGAUAUUUUUCAAGUUCCAGAAACUUUGACUCCAGAAAUUUUAAAAUUAGUUAAAGCUCCAGAAAAACCAGAUAUCCCAAUUGCUGAAACUAAAAUUUUGACAGAGUAUGAUGCUUUCUUAUUUGGAGUUCCUACUAGAUUUGGUAAUUUCCCAGCUCAAUGGAAAAGUUUUAUUGAUGGAACUGGUGGAUUAUGGGCUAAACAAGCAUUAAGAGGAAAAUAUGCUGGUGUUUUUGUUUCUACUGGUACUUUAGGUGGUGGUCAAGAAACUACUGCCAUUAAUACUUUGAGUACUUUAGCACAUCAUGGUAUUAUUUAUGUUCCAUUUGGUUAUGGACAUCCUGGUCUUACCACCUUUGAUGAAAUUCAUGGUGGUUCUCCAUGGGGUGCUGGUACAUUUGCUGGUUCUGAUGGUUCCAGAAAAGUUACUGACUUGGAAAAGGCUAUUGCUGAACAACAAGGUCAUGAUUUCUAUAAACUGAUUACCAAAACCUGGUAA